AUGUUCGUCCCACGAUGGCUAGCGACACGCAAUGUACUUCGUCCAGCUCUUGGCGCCGGCCGCGUCGCAUCUGGUGUUCGAGACUUUCAUCUUCAAUCAAAGGAUAUCCCUGCUUUCCUCUCCAAAGCAGGUACCGACCUCCCAACCUCUGUCCAAGUCGAGACCGAUCCUGCCACGUCAAGUGAUAGUGGCAAAGGCGUAGCAGUCCUCAUCUCUGCGGAUCGUGAUCCGCAGCCGUCUUGGCCUGCUGACAGCGAUGUAGGCAAAGGCAAGUUUUACGGUCCAAGCAUCCUCUCUGCUCCUGUCACCAAGCUCUCAUCGCUCGACAAGACGUAUUUCGGCAAAGGAGGGCUAGGACUGCUCAAGCUGCGUCAACAGCAGCCGGACUCGAUCGCACAUGCUGCUGUGCGAUCCGAAACAUCAUCGCUUUCCGUUUCUGCACUCGAAUCGCUCGUUCAUGGCAUGGCUGGCAAAGAAGCGCAGACUGUCAUCGAGUCCAUGUGGAAGAUCUUCGACCAGUACGAAGGUCUCUGGUUCAGUUUCACCCUCAUCCCUUCUUCCGACGGUUCCGUCAAGGUGGUAGCGCCGUACAUGGAGUUCGACGACUUUGCGGUGCGACGUCAACCUUUGCUCAAGCCGUACUUUGAGUCUCGUCCGCGCAACGGUAACACUGCACGCGCCGAAGACGGUGGUCUGUUCUACGUCAAGCUCUCGGACGUUGAUGCACCGACACCCACGCAGGCCGAUUCGGGUAAAUCUCUGCCCGAGGGUAAUGUAGGAUGCUUCGGGUAUGGUGCAGGUAACGCAAUGGCCACCAUGGACGGUCUCAAUGUUGCGGGUGGUAGACCUGCCAACUUUCUGGACGGUGGAGGAGGCGCCAACCGCGUCAAUGCCAAGCUGGCAGUCGAGACGCUGAACAGAGAUCCUGCGGUAAAAGCCAUCUUUGUCAAUACAUUUGGUGGCAUCACGAGAACAGACAUCGUCUCGCAGGGCAUCAUCGAUGCCGUCAAGAACGACAAGAUCACCAAACCCAUCGUCGUGAGGAUGAAGGGUACAGGGUCGGAGGAUGCUGCCAAAGUGCUGCAAGCGUCCGGAUUGGAGUUCGCCUUCCAUGACGAUUUCAACGCUGCCGCUGCUCAUGCCGUAAAGGCCGCUAAUCAGGGUCAUCUCUAA